AUGGGAUUUGGCGAUAUAUCGAGUGGUUUUGCAGCACCAAAGGAAGGUGGCGGGUCGUCCGGCUUCGGCGGUGCCUCUGGAUUCGGCGGCGGCGCAAGUGAAGGAAAGACGGGCUUUGGAGCAGCGAAGAGCUUUGGAGGAAACGAAGGAGAAAGCAAGGGAUUCGGAUCGGGAGGAAACGCUGGCUUUGGAUCGAGUGGAAAUACGGGCUUCGGAUCAGGCGGAAAUACGGGCUUCGGAUCGGGAGGCGGUUUCGGUGAAACUGGCGAGAAGAGCGGCUUCGGAGGUGGUGGUGGAUUCGGUGGACAAGGAGGAGCAACUGGAGAACGGCCUCGCGGCUGCUUCAACUGCGGAGAAGAAGGCCAUCGAAGUGCUGAUUGCACUCAGCCAAGGAAGUCACGAGGAUGUUUCAAUUGCGGUCAAGAGGGACAUCGAUCCAAUGACUGCCCUGAGCCGAGGAAGCCUCGAGAUGGAGCUGGAAGAGGGGCUGGUGGAGGCGGAUUCGGAGGCGGUGCUGGAAGCGGCUUUGGGGGACAAGGAGGAGAACGACCCCGAGGAUGCUUCAACUGCGGAGAAGAAGGCCAUCGAUCCAACGAAUGCCCUCAGCCAAGAAAGCCGCGUGAAGGUGGAGGUGGUGGAGCUAGAGGAGGAAGCGGCUUUGGAGGAGGAGCAGCAGCAACUGGCGGAUUUGGAGGAAGCGGCUUUGGCGCAUCUGGUGGUGGAAGUGGAUUUGGUGGAGGAGCGACUGGUGGAAGUGGUUUUGGAGGCGGCGGGGCCGGAGAACGCCCCCGAGGAUGCUUCAAUUGUGGAGAGCAAGGCCAUAGAUCCAACGAAUGCUCUCAGCCAAGAAAGCCGCGUGAAGGUGGUGGAGCUGGAGGAGGAGGAAGCGGCUUUGGAGGAGGAGCAACUGGUGGAAGCGGAUUUGGAGGGAGCGGCUUUGGCGCGUCUAGCGGAGGAAGUGGAUUUGGUGGAGGAGCAGGGGGCGGAAGCGGAUUUGGUGGAGGUGGUGGAACCGGAGAACGGCCCCGAGGAUGCUUCAAUUGCGGAGAAGAAGGCCAUCGUUCCAACGAAUGCCCUCAGCCAAGAAAGCCGCGUGAAGGUGGGCCACCACGAGGUUGCUUCAAUUGCGGUCAAGAAGGUCAUCGAUCCAAUGAGUGCCCCGAACCAAAGAAACCUCGAGAACAAGGCAGCGGCUUUGGUGGAUCAGGAUUUGGCGGCGGUGGAGCUGGAUUCGGCAGCGGCGGAGGACUCUUUGGAGCUCAAACAACAGCCGGUAAUGAACGUCCACGUGGUUGUUUCAAUUGCGGACAAGAAGGUCAUCGAUCCACCGAAUGCCCUCAGCCGAGAAAGUCGAGAGAUGAUAUGGAUCCUUCGAGCAAGCCAGCAUCGACCUAUGUUCCAGUGGAGGUGCCGGACGAAGAGCUUUUCAAAUUCAGAAUCACCGAGGGAGACCGCUUCAAGGAGUUCUUCGAGGCCGAUGUCAAUGUAACCUCCUCCGGGAAGAAAAUCAAAAUUUCCCCAAUCAACACUUUUGAUGAAUUGGAGCUUCCGCCUCAAGUGAAGGCAAAUGUGCGAGAAGCUGGUUACAACAAGCCGACUCCGAUUCAACAACACGCUAUGGCAAUCAUCAAGAACAAGAUGGACCUUAUGGCUUGUGCUCAAACAGGAUCAGGCAAAACAGCUGCUUUUCUUCUGCCGAUCAUCAAAGAUCUCAUCGUAAAUGAUGACAUGGCUUGUGCUGGUUCUGGAUCUGCUUCACCUCGUUGCGUCAUUGUGGCACCUACCCGCGAGCUUGCCGAUCAAAUCUCCAGAGAGGGGCAGAAAUUCUUGCGAGGAACCGUCCUCAAGAUUGCGUCGGUUUACGGAGGAACACAAGUUGGAGCAGCAAAGGCUCGGCUCGCUAUGGGUCCUAGUAUUGUGGUCGGAACGAUGGGUCGUUUGCUUCACUUCAUCAAAGACGGUACAAUCAGUAUGGAUGAAGUUCGCUACAUCGUCUUGGAUGAAGCUGAUCGAAUGCUUGAGACUUCAAGCUUUGCCGAUGAUGUCCGAAAGAUGAUCAGCCUUGGACCUUCGAAGGAGAAGCGAACAACGCUGAUGUUUUCGGCUACAUUUCCAGACGAGGUUCAGCAACUUGCCAGUGAGCAUCUCAAGUCCGACCAUGCACAACUUGCUGUCGACAAGAUUGGAUCGGCAAAUCGCUGCAUUACUCAGGAAUUCAUCGAAGUUUCAAGCAGGCAAGGCAAGAGGGACAAGUUGCUCGAGCUUUUAAACGUCGACGUCAAUAAUUACACUGUCAAGGAUCAAUCGAUGUUCGAAAAGAAAACUAUUGUGUUCGUCAAUCGUAAAGCUUUCGCCGAUCAACUGGGACUGACGCUGAGUGAGGCCGGACUGCCAGCAGUGACAAUGCACGGAGACCGAGAACAACGACAACGCAGUGAGGCUCUAUCUGAAUUCCGCUCUGGAUCGAAACCCGUUUUGAUUGCGACUGCUGUUGCUGAGCGUGGUCUUGACAUCCAAGGAGUCGAUCAUGUGAUCAACUAUGACUUGCCGCAGUGCAAGGAAGAUUACGUGCAUCGAAUUGGUCGUACUGGACGAGUGGGGAAUCCGGGUCGCGCAACAUCGUUCUUCGAUCCAAGUGAUAGCAACGACAUGAAUCUUUCUGCCGCACUUGUUGGAAUUCUCGCAGAAGCUCAUCAAAUUGUGCCGGACUUCUUACAAAGUGCUUUAGGAACCGCUGGGUUCUCGGUAAACGCGCAAGCUGCUCCAUCUGGUGGUGCCGACGCUGAUGAAACCGAUUGG